AUGAGUCACACAAUUAUUCAUUUAUGAGAUUCUAGCGGUUGGUUUGCAGUAGGAUUUCUGUUCCUAGUGUACUUUUCGCAAUAUUGUUUAAAAAUUGUUGUAUUUCUAUUGUUUAAUAUCUGUUUUGUAAUCUCGUUUGCAUCUAUUCUAAAUCAGCCUAUUCGCUUGCUUUUGUUCAGUCAACUUCAUAAAAUGCCGCGAGCUUCUGCUCUCCUUGUGAGCGAUCCUAGGCAGCAGUUCAGCUGUUGUCUAUGUCUGCAUGUUAGAACAGGAACCAUAAUAUUUGGAAUAGCACAAAUUGUCAUUCAACUUAUUUUUAUAUCGUUUCUGCUAUUAAUGGCCUUCAACCCAAGGCUUAUACCCGAAGAUACUCAUGGGAAACUAGAGACAUCACAACCCAAUGUCCGUUUCUACAUUUUCUCAGCAUUGUUCCGUCUGGUUCCUGCUGUUUCUGAUAUCCACGAAUCAUUAACAUUACCAUCUCCUGGGGCUCAAAAUCCAGAUGAAAAGAAGGUUGCUAUCAGUCAAAAUCUGGACCCUGAUUCUAAUUUUAUGGAUGAUAUCCCAGGCUAUAAGGACGGUGUCGUUGUCGAUGUCAACAGCAUGCCUCCAAGACUUUCAUUUGAAACUCACAAACAAGAUCGUGCGGCUCAUGAAAUAAAGAUACGGCAUUUUAGUCCAUAUAUUGCCAUUUGCGUAACAGCUUUCUCAUUGGCAUUUUGUUGUUUUAUGGUUCAUGGAGCAGUCACGCGACAGCCAACUCACUUGCUACCAUUUUUCUUCAUUCAAGUCUUCGAUCUUAUAAUUUGUUUGAUUCAUAUACUUGGAUUUAUGUCAUCGGCAUCAGAUCUACGUCUAAUGAUUCACACAAAAACUGGACCUGUUUACAUUAAGUCUACAAGUCUAACCUUCGUUAUACUGGCCAUCUCAUGCGUAAUGUUAGCCUUUAAGGCCUAUUGUCUUGGCAUGGUAUGGGAUUGUUACAAAUAUUUGAUGCUGAAUCGAAGAAGUAAUGUACUAGAUGACUGGUAUACUGAUCAGUGGGGUAAUUUAUCAACUUUCUGGAGUUUACUUCGUGCUGGACGUACUCGAAAUAACAAUUCGGCGGGUAAUUCACCUUCAGCUAAUGAGUCUAAUACAGGUGGACACAAUGAACCUGUUACAUACGAUCCAUCGAAUGAUUUACCAAAAUAUGAGGAUAUACUGAAAAUUCCUGCAAAUGCCUAUGCUCCUCCACCUUAUUAUUCUUCUAAUAUGAAUAUGAACAAUAGUACAACAACUACCACGGAUCCCAAUGGUGUUACAGCUAGAACGACUGCUGCCAAUACUGCCAUUACUACCAAUACUACUACUACUACUACUACUAAUGUGAAUAAUGUUGGCAGUGUUGUUAAUACAACUGUUACUGAUCCAUCAGCAACAACAGUAAUAACAACAACAACAUCAACAACAGUCGACAAGAAUGCUACUCAAACCCAGAAUGCACCAAAAGAUACUAAUCCUUCUUGUUAGUCUAAUGAUAUCUGUGUGUGACAGAUAAAUUCUUACAGACUUUGUGAAUUUAUUAUAUAUGACAGUGUAGCUCUUUUCAUGAAAUCAUGAUGAAUAAUUGUUGAUAUAUAUACAUACACGAGAAACUUGACUUACAUAGACACUUAUAAUUGUGCUCGUACCGAUAUAUAUAAGUUUAUUUUUGCUUUGGUCUUGUUCUCUGGUUAUUAUUAUUAUUAUUUUCUUGUUCCAUUACUUUUUAUUUUUUUUCUAAAGUUUAUUUCUUGGCUUUUUUCUUUUUAAAGAGCAUUACUGACAUCUGAUUAUAAAAUGAUUUUCCUCUUUGAUGCUCUUUAUUAUUCACACUUGAUGUGAUAUAUACAUAAAUGAAAUUUCGAUUAUUAGAAAAAAAGCUAUAUUUUAUGCUGAUGUGAAUGUUACUUUGUGGAGAACCAAUUAAAAGCAUACUUUAAUUAUCGCUAGAUUUAUUGAGUUGAUAAUACUUGAGCUAUACUCAGAUACCUUGACCUCACUGUCUCUGUCUCUCUUUGUGUGUGUGUAUGUGUGAGAUGUUUAAUGAAAUCUUGUGUAAGGCUAUGA